GGGCUGGAGGCACUUCCGGCGCGGUGCGGCCUGCAGGAGAGGGGCGGUGUGUGAAUCAGGAUUAUCAGGAGGAGUUUGUCCUGAGAAAACUCCAGUGACCAGUCUUCUGGAGAGCACUAGAGGAGGAGGAGGUGCACUCACCAUGGCUGCUGAGCUGGAUUUCUCCCCACCUGAAAUCCCUGAGCCCACCUUCAUGGAGAAUGUGCUACGUUAUGGACUCUUCUUUGGAGCCAUCUUCCAGCUCAUCUGUGUGCUGGCCAUCAUCCUGCCAGUCUCCAAGUCCCACAAGACAGACUCAGACAGUUUUGAGCCUAAGAAUUCAGAGACAGUGAAGAAGCCAAAGGCAACUGCUCCACAGAUAAGCAAGAAACCCAAGAAGGAAACCAAAAAGAAACGAUAAAGCUGUGCCCAGUGAGCCUCAAGAGACACAAUAAUCAGAGAUAAUCAUGCUUCCUCAGAGAUGACAUCAAAGGCAACUAACCAUAUGAAAGGGUUUUCUGGCAUUGCCAUGCUUCACCUUUUGGGGACAAGGAACUUACAAGAGUGGAAGGUACAGGGUUCUGCUGUAGAUUUCUUAGAGACAAAGAGGACUUUACAUAUCCAGGACUUCAUUUGACAUGUUUAAGGUGUCAGUCACCAUGAAGGUGACUUCUGUCAUUCCUAAUGGGUAGGGAGGGUUGUUGUCUGAGCUCCUCCACGCUGGCCAGGAAUUGGAGCAAAGUCCCUCUGGGAGGUGGAGCACGAGUUUGCUACUUUGGAUACCGGUUUGUGUUGUAUUUUUGAAGGCAGAAGGAUCAAAUGCAUCAAGAAUACCACACUACACAGCUUUGUAUUCAUCUCUGUUGUCAUCUAGUCUGAAAUACACAGCUGCAUUUUAUGGCUUAAUAACAA